AUGAAAAAAUGUUUUCAAUAAUUUAAUAAUAGCUAAAUAGUUUAUCCAAAUGAUAUUUUAAAUGGAAAAUUAUAUUAUGGAAAUUGGAAACAUGCUGCUUCUUAAGAAGUUAUAGAUAAUAUUGGAUUAACUCAUAUUCUUAAUAUGACUUCAGAAGUUGAAAAUUUUUUUUAAUUAAAUCCUUAAAUUAGCUAUUUGAAAAUAAGUAUUGAUGAUGAAGAUUUUACAAAUAUUUCUUAGCAUUUUAAAGAAUCAUGGGAAUUUAUUUCUAAUGCAUUAUAAGAUAACAAAAACAAAAUACUUAUCCAUUGUGCUUAAGGAAAAUCUCGAUCUGCUACUAUUGUUUGUAUGUAUUUAAUGAAAAAAUUUAAAUUAGGUUUUGAAUAUGUAUUUUUAUAUAUAUAUUAUUUUUUAUUUUAAUAACUAUAUUAGAUUUUAAGUUAUGUAUAAAGUAGAAGAGAUGUUGCUUGUCCGAACUACGGAUUUAUUGAAUAACUUAAAUAGUUUGAAAAAAAUAAUUUUGAGUUUUUUUGA